AUGGCUGAUAACGAAGGAAAGGCUCGCCAAAAGAUGGCCGAAGGAAGAAAGAAACUGACGGUAAAUAGUUGAGAAAGUCUAUAAAAAUACUAAAAUUCUUCAAUUUGCAGGGAGGCGGCGGAUUUUUGGGCAAGUUAUUCAGUGGUGGUGGCGGUGGAAGCACUGAGGCUGCCGAUCUGUUCGUACAGGUGAGAUUUUAUGAAAUUGGAAACCAAACGGGGAGGGCUAAAGAGAAUAAUAAAAUGAAUGCCCUUUUCUUCAAAAAUAACUGCAAUCCGGUGCAGGACGAAGAAGAAGAAUCGGCAAACACGGAAAUCGAGUGCAGUCACGCAGGAUGCGAGUUUAUCGCCGCCAAUAUGCUCGAGUUUGAGCACCACUACGCUCAGCACUCGUUCCAGUGCUGCGAGUGCGGCGCCGCCUUCGACACCGCGCACCGGCUCGAAGUGCACCAGGACGAACGGCACAGUCCGUUCUUCCUCGUACGCGUCGCCCGUGCGCCCACCGCGCCGCACUACCGAUGCCUCCAUCCGACAUGCGAUCAAUGCUUCUCGAACAGCCGAACACGCGACGAACAUUCCCGAAUCGUUCAUCUGAUCGACGGCGAAUCGUCGCGUCGACGGAAAGCGGAUGGGGACGGUGGAGCGACGACGGCGCUUCUGAGCAGCGCAAUGGGCAAAAUGAGCAUGGGAGAUGCGGAAGAGGCUGCCGGAUGGACUGGAGAAAGAGGGCAUGGAUUGGCGACAAGCGGACAGCGGCGGCUAGUGAAAAAGGCCGUUCGCCGACGGGAAAACUAACUGAAAUAUCAAAUAUGGGCAUUUCUCUGAAUAAAUGUAUCGUUGUACUGUGUUACAGGGAGGCAAUCUGUUCAAAAUGGCGAAAUUGUGGAAAGAAGCCGGCGAAGCGUUCCUCGAAGCGGCCGACGUACACGCGAGACAGGGCGACUCGAAGCACGAGUGCGCGACUCAAUUCGCCGAGGCGGCCAACUGCUUCCGAAAGGUUCAGCCGGAGCGCGCGGUCGAGUGUCUCGAGAAGACGUCAGAGAUCUACACGGACAUGGGACGCUUCACGAUGGCCGCCAAAAACCAUGUGAGCAUUGCGGAGCUCUACGAGACCGAGUUGCCGGACAAGGAGCAGUGCGUGAAGCACUACCAACAGGCGGCCGACUACUACAAGGGAGAAGAGCAGAAGAGCAGCGCGAGCAAGUGUCUUGUGAAGGUGGCUAUGUACUCGGCCGAGAUGGAGAAGUACUCGCAGGCGAUCGCCGUCUUCGAGGAGAUCGCCUUCUACGAAGCGGACCAUUCGACGCUCAAGUACGCGGCCAAGGGACACUUCUUCCAAGCGCUUCUCUGUCAUCUCAACGUCGAUCCGGUAACGAAUUCUGAAAACGAGAGCCUAUAAUUUAAUGAAAUAUUGCAGAUCAACACGCAGCAGGCUCUGCAGAGAUACGAGAACGCCUCGCCGGCGUUUUCGGAUUCUCGCGAAUGCAAGUUUGUGAAAGAGUUGCUCGCGGCUCUCGAAGAGAAGAACGAGGAGACGUUCACCGAAGGCGUCGCCAACUUUGAUAAGCUUACAAAGUGAGAAACGGGUUCAAAGGAAAACCUGAAGAACCUAAAUUUCAGACUGGAUCCUUGGUCGACUUCUCUUCUUCUCAAGGUGAAGCGCACCAUCGAAGGCGAAGACGAGGACGAUUUGCGAUAA